AUGAUCGUCUCAACUCUUGUUUUCGGAAGUAUAUGGCUAGGUGCAGCCGUUGCGAAGCAACAUGAUACAUUACUUGCAGCAUAUGACUUUGUUAUUGUCGGAGGAGGAACGAGCGGGUUAGUUAUUGCUAACAGGCUUUCAGAACGAAAAGAUUUCACUGUGGCAGUUAUCGAAGCGGGCGAAUCGGUCCUCAACAAUUUUAACGUUUCAACUCCUUAUGGUUACGGAAAGUCCUUUGAUACACCCAUCGACUGGGCCUAUCAGACGGAGGAGCAGAAAUACGCCGGAGGGAAAAAACAGACUAUGCGCGCUGGCAAAGCAAUCGGUGGAACAAGUACGAUUAACGGGAUGUCAUAUACUCGAGCGCAAAACGUACAAAUUGACGCCUGGGAAUCGGUUGGGAAUAAAGGCUGGAACUGGAAGAGUCUUCUGCCUUACUACAAGAAAUCAGAGGGUUUUCAAGCUCCCACUCCAGAUCAAGUUGCUAAUGGCGCAGACUAUUAUACAACCUACCACGGCGAUCAAGGCCCAGUCAAGACCGGCUGGCCUUACGGAAUGGCCAACAGCAGCGUGCUCCCCGUGCUCGAUGAAACCUUGAGCCAAAUCCGCGUCUCAUAUAACCGUGAUGUUAAUGGCGGAAAUAUGGUUGGACUUACAGUUCAUCCCGAUACCAUCGACAGAGAAGAGAACGUUCGACAAGAUGCUGCCAGGGCUUACUACUGGCCCUACCAACAACGACCAAACCUCAAAAUUAUCACGAACACAUACGCGAACAAGAUCAUUUGGUCCAACGAUUCCCACGAAGCGGUUGCAACUGGUGUUGAAGUUGCCGGCCCUGAUGGUGUCCUGACAAUCCAUGCGUCCAAGGAGGUAAUAUUAUCUGCUGGCUCUCUCAAAUCACCCCUUAUUCUAGAAUUAUCUGGCGUCGGAAAUCCCGAUAUCCUCAAGAAAUUCGACAUUCCCGUGAAAGUCAACAUCUCCACUGUCGGCGAAAACCUACAAGAUCAAACGAACAACGGACUCACAUACGGAAGUCGAGAGAGAUGGAGCGGUCUCCCUGCUUUCUCUGCUCUACCAUCGGCCGAGCAGAUUUACGGUGACAAGACCGAGUCUAUCGCCAAUGCCGUCAACGCCAGUCUACCUGAUUACGCCAAGGCCAUAGCCAACUUCUCGAACGGUGCUGUCCAAGAGGCUAAUGUUCUUGCCGCUUUCCAACUCCAGUAUGACUUGAUCUUCAAAUCAGAAGUUCCUUAUACGGAGAUCGUCUGGUUGCCUCUCGGUUCUGUAUUUGCCAGUGAAUACUGGACUCUUUUACCGUUUUCACGGGGUAAUAUUCACAUCACAUCAGCCGAUCCUUCGAAAUCUGCUUCUAUCAACCCGAACUACUUCAUGUUUGACCAAGACAUUAUUGCUCAGGCUGAAGUUGCUUGGUAUAUUCGAAACGCAUUCAAUACUGCGCCUUUGAGUGAUCUUGUGACAGCGGAGUAUGAGCCUGGCAUGGAUCUGCUGCCCAACAAUGCGCCGGAGUCUGAAUGGACAGAUUGGAUCAAGGAUACCUGUAAGUACGCUCUUGUCUUGUCUUACUCUAUCGAUCAAACUUCCACCCUGUCGGCACCGCCAGCAUGCUCCCCCCGACCAAAAGGUGGCGUCGUUGACCCCCAACUCAAAGUUUAUGGAACCAAGAAUGUCCGCGUUGUCGAUGCGUCGGUUUUGCCAUUCCAGCUUUGUGGCCAUCUCACAAGUACCAUCUAUGCUGUAGCUGAGAGGGCAUCGGAUUUGAUCAAAAAUAAAUAUACGGAAUAUUGA